AUGAGCUCUGCCUGUCCCCAAGCUUCACUGGCAUCCAUCGACCUGGACGACCUCGCCGGCAAGCAAGAAAAACAACAUCCUCCUGCCAUACCGCGACCGCGCCCCUGCCGAAGCACAAGAGAAGCCAUUCAAUUCGAACGUGCCAACCUCGCACCCGACAUUAUGGAGUUUGGCGAACGCGGAGUGCUCAACGAGGAUGGCAUCCACGUCGACAUGGACCGGCUGAAGAAGGGAGAGGUCAACCUGGGAACGUCGAUCAUGGCGGUGACAUUCAAAGAAGGCGUCAUACUCGGUGCCGAUUCCCGGACGACGACGGGGGCCUACAUCGCGAACCGGGUGACGGACAAGUUGACGAGGGUGCACGACACCAUCUGGUGCUGCCGGUCAGGCUCGGCAGCCGACACGCAGGCCGUGGCGGACAUUGUGCAAUACCAACUCGGCCUGUUUGCCAUGAACAGCGGAAAGCCCCCGACGACGCAGACGGCGGCGUCGAUAUUCCAGGAAAUGUGCUACGCGAACAAGGACCGGCUGUCGGCCGGCCUCAUCAUCGCCGGCUGGGACGAGAGGUUCGGCGGCCAGGUAUACUCGAUCCCCCUAGGCGGGUCGUUGCACAAGCAGCCGUACGCGAUCGGCGGUUCCGGGUCGACCUACAUCUACGGCUACUGCGACGCCCACUGGAAGGAAGGCAUGGAAGAGGCGGAUGCCGUUUCGUUUGUCAAGGGAGCGCUGAGGGAAGCCAUCAAGUGGGACGGCAGCUCGGGCGGCGUCAUCCGCAUGGUGGUGUUGACGAAGAAGGGGGCAGACAGACACCUGUACCUGCCGGACACGGACUACAAGCAGCGGCACGAGUAG